AUCAUCUGAAAGAGUUUGCGAAAGAGAAGCGAGACAUCAUGGUGAUGGGUGGUAACCAGUCGGGCAAGGGCGCUAAAGGGCUGCUUAUGGGUAAAGCAGCUGCUUCUGCUGUUGUAGACGACAAGUCUAAGGAUAAGAAGAAGCCUACUUCUCGAUCAUCUCGUGCUGGUCUUCAGUUCCCCGUAGGACGUAUUCACAGGUUGCUUAAGUCAAGGGUGGCCGCGAAUGGAAGAGUGGGUGCUACAGCCGCAGUGUACUCAGCAGCCAUCUUAGAGUACCUCACUGCCGAGGUGUUGGAGCUGGCCGGAAACGCUAGUAAGGAUCUGAAGGUGAAGCGUAUUACUCCCCGUCAUUUGCAGCUUGCCAUCCGAGGAGAUGAGGAGCUGGACACUCUUAUCAAGGGAACCAUUGCCGGAGGAGGAGUCAUUCCCCACAUUCACAAGUCAUUAAUCAACAAAACACCAAAGAAGGACUGAGUGUUGUAACUGCCGUAUCAUUUCUCAGGAGGAACCUAUGUAGCAGUACGAUUAUGCUAUUGCAUCGAAGAGGAGAUUGAAUUUAAUGGUUACAUUCAAACUGUUUCUCUUCUUUGACAUUCUUGACGAAGUUGCAGGCAGUCGAGGUGUUGGAAUUCCUGUUUUUUAGUUGACUGCUUGUGUCUAUGAGAAGAUGGGAUGUGUAGAGGGUUAGCCUGUUCUGUUCUGGACAUUAGCUUCUCGAUGUGUCUUUAGCUUUACAAAUUUUUUUCUUAAAUUUUAAUUUUCUAUUUUAAUUUUUUCACUGAACGCUUUUCUUGUGCACUUCAGCUUUCAACGGCGCUUUAUCUUUUGGUGA